UCAUGUGAGAGAGAAGGCUAAACAAGUCCUUGCUUUAUUAAAAGAUGAACAACUGUUACAUAACGAACGCGAAAUAGCACAUCGGACAAGGCGGCGCACUUCUUAUGCAAUGCUUUUCCCUCAGAAGCCUUCUGCCAAAGCUUAUGCACCAACGAUGGCUGCUUCAGAUUCCACCUCAGAGUUUGUUCCUUUAGUGGAGAAGGUCCGAUAUUUCGUCCCUAAGGCAUUACCGGCAACAGAGCAAAGUCAGCCCGAGCAGACACCCAGCAAAACAGAGGUAGUCCAAGAAACACCAGCACUUAAUAUUGCUGCAAAGAAUUCAUCAGAGGACCUGAUAGUCUUCAGUGAGGAUGAAUCUUCCCCAACUGCUGCACAAUCAACAUUUUCUAGUAAAGGCUCUAAGGAGGAAUCAGAAACAAGUACAAAGGCACCAGUCUGUAACAUCUUGAAUGCACGUUGUGCUUUGACUCCUUCUGAAAGAAAUUCUUUACCUCAACAAAAGUGGGAUUCAGGAAGGAAAUCAAAGAGUUCUGUCCUUUCCAUUGAUAUGCUGAAAUCACCUCCUAGGAGGCGGUCAAGUGUACAUACCCACACAGUUGCAGCAACUUUGUACGGUGUUUGGUCAUCAAACCCAGAGGAAUCUGUCACUACCAGCAAACAGCUUACUCCUAAACUAGAUUUGGUUUGUGGUCACGCUGCAGCCUCUGUUGAGACAAUCUACAAGUCUCCAACAUUUCAAGCUUUUGAUCCUUUGGGAGACAAUGUAACAAACCCCACAAAAUCAGCAUCAACUUCUGAACAGUUUUGUGAGCCUACAAAAGCUAGCCUGCAAAACCUCCACUACUUAAUACCAGCUGACAUGAGCGGUCAUCCUGCCCCGAGGCCAGACUCCACCAGCUCAGUUGGAACAACAUCGAGCCUUUCUACUUUCUCCACAUCAUCUCCUGAGUCAGCUGUUCCAAACAACACAUCACAGCCUCAUCAUGUUCACCCCAAGUGGUUUGCUUAUUUGUCACCAGGACAAGAACCAUCCUCUCCUUUCUUUAAAGAACUCAAGGAAAGGAUUAUGCAUUCCUUUUCUCCUGCCUCAGCAUAUGAGGUAGAUGCUUGUGCUAGCAUUUUAAGUCUCCUCCCUGAUAAUUCAAAAUGUUCUGUCAAAAACAUUGAUGGCUUGGGGAGCAGAACAUGCCGUGCUUUGGGGGAGAGCUGGGAAAACAAUAUAGUACACAAUGCAUCUUCAGUGCCUAAUCCUGUUACACCUUCUAUAACAAAACCUUUAGGGGAAGAACUUGUUUACAUGAGUGCUGAACAAAAAGGCAUGGCUAUGUUGGAAGAGAUUAAAAAUACAGUAUGUGGACUGAGGGGAGACUUCUGUAGUGUGGCACGGGAGCUGCAUAUUAUCAGAACUGAAUUAACAAAUAUGGUGGCUUCCAUCCAAAAUAUAGACAAAUUUUUUGCCGCUCUCCAAAGUGGUAAAGGUGACUCUGAUCAUCUGUAAUUGUCACAAUGCCUUCUUAAUUAAAACCCCUGAAAUGACUUAUGUGUUGUGCCCUACAAAUUACUCAUCAGAACUCAUGGU